UUUUUUUUUUUUUUAUAUUUAUCUCUCUUUCCUGCUGCCAGCGAGGACGUUGUGACUUUUUUUCUAUUAUUACUAUUAUUAUUGUUAUUAUUAUUAUUAUUAUUUUAACUUAAUUAAACGCCUUGUGCUCCCGUCCGUCUUCCCGGGCGGGCAUGCAUGCGCGCUUCGCCAGCCAAGCGCCAUGCCUUCACGAUACAUGCCUGCGCGCGAGUUUCACAUAGUCGUCCUGGGCGCCGGUGGUGUGGGGAAAAGCUGUUUGACUGCACAAUUCGUCCACAAUGAAUGGAUCGAAAGCUAUGAUCCCACCAUAGAGGACUCAUACAGGACACAAGUCUCUGUCGAUGGACGGCAAGUGGUGUUGGAGAUACUCGACACUGCAGGAACAGAACAGUUUGUUGCCAUGCGUGAUCUCUACAUGAAGACGGGCCAAGGAUUCCUACUCGUCUUCAGCAUCACGUCAAUGUCAUCGCUAUCCGAACUAGCGCAGCUGCGAGAGGAGAUCAUUAGGAUCAAAGAGGACGACAACGCACCAAUAGUCAUCUGCGGCAACAAGGCUGACCUCGAGGACCAGCGGACUGUGGCCCGCACCAAAGCCUUUUCGAUCUCACAGCGCUGGCAUGCUCCAUACUAUGAGGCUAGUGCAAGGACAAGGACAAACGUCGACGAGGUGUUUAUCGACCUCUGCCGCCAGAUGCUACGUCGAGACAGCACGCAGAGCAGUCCCUAUUACGGCGACGACGAGUAUAGAAACGACGGCGGUGCCCUCUCGACCAAGCCUCAAAAGAAGAGCAGGAGCAAAAAGCACAACAAGUGCACUAUAUUAUGAUCAAUGACGACAGCUCGAUACCCCCGGCGUCUCUCUCGUCCGCGCCAACUUCCCGAGUCACCCACAAGGGGAACUGUUCAUUUCCAUAUGGCGGCAUACCCAGCACGUGCAAUUUUUUUUUUUUUUUUUUUUGGUGUUUUGCUAUUUUGUUUUACGCGGUCUCCUUUCUGGUCCCAUUUGCCUCUCGGUUUAGCAGCAAAAAAAAAAAACACGCAAAAAGAAGAAGAAACAUGGGCUUGGAAUGCCCCAUGUGGCGCGAGCAUAUAGACUGCCUGCUUUUGCUCCUUUGCCUCCUUUCAUCUCUUUCCAAGUAUGUUUUAUAUCCAUUGGAGAACUCUCAGCACUGGCUUUUUGCGUCCUAUCCUCAGCUUGAUGGGCCGGGAGGGAAAACAAAGAAGCCGGGAAGCCGGCCCCAAAAGACAGGCUCAUCCUGAUCCUGUUUCGCCAUCUAGCUUCCGGUUUCCUGUUCUUGAAGCAGGAAUGCUGCUUGGAGGAUGGGCUUUAGCCCUAUUUUUUUUUAUGUUCCAGGCGAGCUCUUUUGGCGUUUGGCAAGGCUGGCGAUUAUUUGCAGUGUGGCCGAGAUGCAUCUCAUAUGGACUCCCGCCGCUGCUCAGGUUGGUGUUUACUGGCACGCAAUAAAAAGCUCGCUUACAAAAGCGAAAACGGCAGCUGGUAUCUCAUUCGCAUACUGCUCUUCUUCUCAAGUUUUAGUCUGCCAUGCCCACCACGUUACAGCUGAGAUUGUCAGCGUUGACAGAGUGGCUCCAGAGUAGUGAAGGUGAUAUAAAAAGGAUAAAAAAAAGAGUAGAAAGAAAGGGAAGAAAAGAAGAAAUUAUCCUCCACGAUGAGUAGACGGCCAUUCCUUUUAAAAAUACGAAGAGGAAUACGUACAAAAA